CGAGCUGUCUGGUAACUCCUCCAUCCUAACUCUUCGAGCCUGCACCUCGACACCCACCUCAGGAUAUGUCCUUCGAUAUCCGCUGACCUCUGCAGACUCUUGGCUUGCUCCGAUGCACCCGGCCGUGUCUCUGAUCGCGGAGAAUGUCCUCAAGAACCAGGCCCUCGUCGUUGCGCUGCUCUUCCCUGUCCUCGCGACCGUCGCAAAUGUCGACACACCCGUGCAGCACUCGCUGCUCGUGACGGCCGUGUCCUGGGCGCUGAUAUGGAUACCGGCGGUAUGCCGCGCGGGCCUGGGGGCGAGUGGGAGUGGUGGCUCGAAGAAAGCCACGAGCUGGGCGGCGGGAGGGUUUCUGGCUUUUGCACAGAUUUGUGACAGAGCUGCUUGCGAUAAGGAGGGCAUCUGGUCGACCAAGGCAUUGCUCCCGCUCCUCGUGGUCCUACUCUCCGAGAGCGAGAUUUGGUCCCAUCAUUUCGCUCUACCGUCUUACCAUUCCCUAGACGACUCGUCCGAUAGUGGCGCCGGUUCCGAGAGGAAGUCGCAUGCAAGGUCCUACCGGCUGUUGGUUAUAGUCACUGUUGCUGCGGCUGCGGCCCUCUCCACUCGAUAUAGCUCGUCACCGACUACUACACUCGGACUAAGUAGCGUCCUCUUUGCGGCUGUCGGCCUCGUGCUCUUCGAAAGCGCGCUCAAGACUUCCAAGGAUGACAACCAUUCUGGCAGGAGGGGGUUUGUUUCCGCCGAUGGGACCUUCUCUCGGCCCAACCCAAUCGAAGGCACACAGAGAGAGCACCAUAUUGCCACUUUGAGAGAUGUUGCGGCAAUCAUGACUAUCCUGUGCGGACUGGCUGCGUAUCUCGUGGAGCCAAUGACACCGAAUGGUUUCACCUGGGAACCCGUCUAUCGACAGUUGCCAGGAGAUUGGAAGGCGAUGCAACAUCGUAGGACGGUCCAGAUUUCCAUUUGGAUGAUUGUUGUUGAUGUUAUAGUAAAUACUCUGUUCUUCUUCAUCACUUUUCAGCAGGGUGCUGUUCAUACUUCCUUCUUGGUCCUGUUUUCGUACAUGUGCGCUCGAUUGCACCUGGCCGUCUCUUUUUCCGGCCUCUGGUUUACUGUCAUAUAUUCAGCUACGGCACUUCUAAUCAUGACCACUUCCUCAACUUCAUCAUCCAUCGAUCUUCGGAGCUCUAUACGGCUCAGACGGAUCAUCUUUGGUGUUACGGCGGCGUCUUUUGGUUUCCUUUUUCUGCGAUAUGCAUCCGGGGCGCGGCGCUAUCCCUCUACGACUCAUGACCUAUCUACCUUUGGUGUUGUCUCACCGGAAUCGCCUUUUAGCCCGGUUCCGAUGGAUUUGAAGAAGGGCCAUCCGGCCGAGCAGUUGAUUGAGUCUGCCGAGAAGAGAUUUGGUGAUUUGUUGAAUAGGCAAUCCAAAUCUCUGGGAGAGGCUGUUCAGGAAUACCGUCGCCGACAUGGGUUUCCUCCCCCCCCAAACUUCGACAAGUGGUACGAGUUUGCAACAAGGAACGGGGUCCAGUUAAUCGACGAGUUUGACACAAUCACCCGCUCAUUGUAUCCAUUCUGGGCUCUGAAACCCUCUACUAUUAGGGCGCGCGUGAGACUUGCUCUAGGCUCCGACGAGAAUGCUUUGAUUGGAAUGAUGAUCCGAGAUGGCAGUGUGGUUAAGAUUGAAAAUGGACAGGAAUGGCAGCAACAAGCCACGACCGGCAUGAUAAAGGAUUUCGUCCAGUAUCUCCCCGAUAUGGACCUCGCCUUUAACAUCCACGAUGAACCUCGCGUCGUCGUGCCACAUGAUCAACUCUCCUUUCUUGUAACCAAGGCUCGAGACCACGACAUCCCGAACGCAAUGAGGAACCCAUCUCCUCAAAACGCAUUUUCGCCAAGACCCAGCGAUAUGAACGAUGGCCGGCGCUUCGAGGAAGCGAAGACAACCAAGUUCAAUCGAUUCGCACAUCAGCAGACCUGGACCGUUUCCAGGCUCUCCUGUAGCCAACACAGCCAAGCAAGGAACUACGAGGACUCCCCCGCCGACAAUCUCACUUCCUACGCAGUGGGCCCCCUCAACUACGUCUACAACGUCUCCGCCUUCUCCGACAUCUGCAAUUCCCCCUCCUUCUCUUCCUCUUUUGGCUUCUUCGAGCGUCCUAACGCUUUCAACAUCGUCCACGAGCUAACUCCCAUCUUCUCCCAAUCAAAAAUCAGUAGUUUCCAGGAUAUCCUGUAUCCCAGUCCGUGGUACUGGUUUGGCAGAGUCGGUUACGAUGAAGAUAGAGACACAACGUGGGAGAAUAAAACAAACGCCAUGUAUUGGCGCGGCAGCACGACGGGCGGCUUCAGCCGAAGCGGAGGAUGGCGUCGCCAACACCGUCAACACAUCGUACGCAACCUAAACGCGCCUUCCAAAGCUAAAAUCCUGGUCUCCAAAUCCCAAUCCCAAUCCCAUCUCCCACCUCGAGACUCUGACCCACAAACCCAAACCCCAGAAUUAGUCGUCAAAGAUGUAGACCGCAAGUCCCUCACCCGCCUCAUCGACGUCAAAUUCAGCCACAUCGGGCAAUGUGACCCUGGCGACUGCGACGCACAAAAGGAAUUCUUCAAUAUCGCCCCCAGGGCCGAUGGCCAGGAUGCGUGGUACUUCAAGCAUUUGUUGGAUAUGGAUGGUAAUGCGUUUAGCGGGAGGUUUUAUGCUUUUUUGAGGAGUAGGAGUUUGACGUAUAAGAUGGCGGUGUUUAGGGAGUGGCAUCAGGAGUGGUUGAGGCCGUGGGUGCAUUAUGUGCCGUUGAGUUUGAAGGGUGAAGAACAUUUAGAUUUAGUGAGAUGGUUUGGGGGGGUGCAGGAAGGGGACAGAGAGGCGGCGGCGGAUGGGCAAGGCGGUGAGGGAAAGGAGGGUAGGGAUAGGGAUAGGGAUAGGAAUAGGGAGAAGGAUAGGGAUAAGCCAAGGAAAGACGGGAAUGGGGAGAGUGUGGGAGAGAAAAAGGCGAGGGAGAUCGCGGAACGGAGUUCGGAGUGGGCCGGCAAGGUCUUGAGGAAUGUGGAUUUUGAAGUGUGGUUUUUUAGACUGUUGCUUGAGUAUGGCCGGAUUAUUGACGAUAAUCGCGAUAUGAUCGGGUAUCCGGGGCCAUGAUGCUACUGUCGACACUUUUUCGGAGCAUACAACACAAUACUCGGAGUCUAAGAGGCGCAAGCGUAGGCGUAGGCUGGUUUGCUAUUGUGUACAUAUUGUAACUGUACAUACGUACAUGAUGGACCUCUAUACACCCAACGACGCAUACGUAGAUUCCCACAGCGCAUUCUGUACAUUAUUACAUGGAAUGGAAUAGCAUGGCGUUAAACGGAUCACCAACUAUUUAUAUCUCUCUAUUCUUCAGCUCCCACAUCUGACCAUGCCUACCGGUCCAAACCUCUCUCUUUCCUACCGUCCAACAGGGGCCUAAAUUAGAAGUAGACCCAGAGGCAAGUGUACUUGCUCUGUGGUCCCGGGACCCCCGAUCUGACAGAGCUACGAUUUUUGUGAGGGAGCUGCAGAGAGUUCGCAGCUGCUUGUUUCGGCUCCGUGCGUGUUUAGUCUGAUAGAUUAGGUAUCACUUAAUUCCUCUUUCUGUGGGUCUACG